AUGCCUUUCGGAACCCAAGAAGCUGUCCGUUGUCCUCGUUGUAAUCAAGCUGUUUUUCAUGCUGAAUCUAUUCCAGCUGCUGGAAAACAAUGGCACAAAACUUGCUACAGAUGUGGCCUUUGUAAAAAAAUGUUAGAACCAAUGACAAUGGCUGAACAUGACGGUAAUGUAUAUUGCAGACAAUGCUAUGGACGUAAAUUCGGUAUUCGUGGUGUUGGAUUUGGUAUUGGAGCUGGAGCACUCGGUAUGGAUACUGGUGAUCGAUUUGGAAACACUGAAUCAAUGUCAAACAAACCAAAUUAUGCUGCUCCUCCUGGUGUUGCAGCAGGCAAAGCUGCUCCAGCUGCAGAGGAAUAA